AUGGCGCGGACAUACACCUGGUACAAUCUGCGCAUCAUCCUCGUCCUGACCUUGGGGAGUUUGACGUUUGGGUAUGGCUUCUCGGUCAUCUCCAAUACCAUCGGACAACCGGGCUUCAUUCAGAAGUUCAACCUGCAAGCGAACUCAGACUACACUAACGCGAUAACCGGUACCAUCAAUGGGCUCUAUUGCGCGGGUGCGCUUUUCGGUGCGCUUCAUGUGGGCUGGAUGUGCGAGGCCCGUGGCAGGAAGGAGACCAUGUAUCUGGCGUCGGCGGUCAACGUCGUUGGGGGAGCCCUCGAAACUGGCUCUGUCAACAUGGCCAUGUUUUUGGUUUCCCGGUUCAUCUCAGGCUGGGGAAUUGGCAUGAUGGUUGUCCUGAUACCAAUCUAUCAAGCCGAAAUCUCGCCUCCGAAUGCUCGUGGCUUCUUGGUGGGCCAGCACGGCACGUGGAUUGUGAUGGGUUAUAGUCUAGCAGGGUGGGUUGGAGCUGGGACAUAUUAUUCUUCAAACUUGUCCUUCCAAUGGCGAUUCCCGAUUGCCCUGUCAAUCAUCCCGCCGUUGGCGUUGGCCUUGUGUGCUCCAUGGAUUCCGGAAUCUCCACGCUGGUUGCUGACCAGGGAUCGCCGCGACGAGGCAUGGCAGAUUGUCAACCGUCUGCACGGAGGCAGUGCCCAGGACGAAGGAAGUCUCCAAUACGCACGUGAAGAAUUCUACCAAAUGUCUCAACAGGUCCAAGUCGACACAGCGGCAUGGAGAGAAGGCGGCGGAUGGGGCGGCAUGCUCAAGAACAAGUCCUACCAGAAGCGGUUUUGGAUGGGCUUCUUCAUCCAGUAUGCCGCUCAAUCAACAGGGGCGCAGGUUAUCUAUGUCUACAUCGUGUCCUUGUACCAGAAUCUCGGCCUCACAGGCGGAGUUCCGCUGAUCCUGGGGGCGGCGUAUGUUACCGUCGCGACAAUAUCCAACUUUGUGGGCGCCCUGCUGCUUGACAAAGUAGGACGGAAACCACUGUUGCUCGCCGGACUCACCGGGUGCAUGCUUUCGGUAUGCCUGGAGACCGCCAUGAUCGCCAGAUAUGCGGGCACGACGAACAAUGCCGGACUUUCGAUGGGCGUCUUCUUCUCAUUCUGCUUCAUCACAUUUUACGGCGGCGGCAUCGAUGUGGUUGGCUACGUGUAUUGCUCGGAGAUCUUUCCGACCACCAUCCGAUCGCAAGGCGUAGCCUGGUCGCUUGCAGGAACGUUCCUAUCAACGUUAGUGUACGUUGAAGCCGCACCGACCGCUCUGGCAAACAUCAAGUGGAAGUACUACAUCAUUUUCGUGUGCUUGACGUUUGUCAACAUUGUGGUUUUCUACUUCUGGUGUCCCGAGACCAAAGGCAAGUCGCUGGAGGAGAUCAACGCCCUGUUUGGCGACGAGGUGGUGGUGCAUUUUGCGGACGCGACAGAAAAGCAACGGCACGAAUUGACGGCCAAGGUCUUGGCCGAGGAUGAAAAGGGCGACUUUGUCAGGCACGCCGAAAGCCCCAACGUCAGUACAGUGACAGCUCAGGCAAAGGUCUAA